AAGAAAAAAACAGGAAAUUCUGUAGAUACCAAAAGUUCGAGACGUUUUCAAGGCAAAGGUGGGUGUGCUACGAGAAUAAAAACCUGCGUUCACGGACACAUUCGGAGCUUAUAACGCUAUUCUCGCCGAUGUGGGGGACGUGAUUUCGCUGCCCGCUGUUUUGACUUUGCCACCUGCUACAAAUGGCCUGCUGUGAAAGCAAUAAGGGGAGUUUGGAGGAGGACAGCUAUGAUGGAGCUGUUGGUGGAGCGCUGUCCGGCUGUGCUCUGGCAAUGCUGGAAAAAGAACAGGAGUCCAUUCUUAGCCCUUCAGAGAACCCUAGUGCCUUCAUGAGCAGCAGCAGCUUUCAGGCUGCCCCCCUGCAAGGCUACGAUGUGGAGUUUGAUCCACCGCUGGAGAGUAAAUACGAGUGCCCCAUUUGUCUCAUGGCUUUGAGGAACGCCAUUCAAACACGCUGUGGUCACCGCUUCUGCAAGAGCUGCAUUGAGAAAUCCAUCCGUGAUACGGGACAGAGGUGCCCAGUGGACAACGAAAUGUUGUCAGAAGACCAACUGUUCCCUGAUAACUUUGCCAAAAGGGAAAUUCUGUCGCUAACUGUUCGCUGUCCAAACUUGGGCUGUGCCGACAAGAUGGAGCUCCGGCAUUUGGAGGAUCAUUUGGUGCAUUGUGAGUUUGCCACUGUGCCUUGUCCACAGUGCCAGCAGUCUGUGAAAAAGAGCCACCUAGAAGAGCACAUAACUGUUCAGUGCCAAAAAAGACCCAUGUCAUGUCCAGACUGUGUGGCAUGCUUUCUUUAUGAGGAGAGAGAGCUUCAUCAGCAACAGUGUCCCUUUGCCAGUGUGAAGUGUCAGUACUGUGAGCUGGAGCUCGUCAGAGACCAGAUGGAGUCUCACUGUGACACAGAUUGCCCAAAAGCACCUAUUGCCUGUAACUUUAGCAUCUUUGGAUGUAAAGAAAGGAUGCAGCGCCACAACCUGGCUCAGCACAUGCAGGAGUUCACACAGAUGCAUAUGCGCUACAUGGCUGAAUUUCUGCGUGGCCUUAGCCUCAAUGGUACUACACCCAAACCCCUGAGGACUUUAGGACCUUCACUUUCCUCUGAGGAUCAAGGAGCUGCAGCAUCAGUACCGGCCUGUAGUGGGUCCAGAGGGGCUGCAGCUCUGAGCUGCAGUACCAGUUGUGCUCCAGGUCCGUCUAGUGAAGAGAUGCAGCAGAGGCUCCGUGAGAUGGAUGGACGAUUGGUGAAGCAGGAUCACCAGCUGCGUGAACUCAUCAUCUUAAAAGACACCCAAGCAGGCCAGCUAGCAGAGCUCAGGCGUAGAGUGUCCAUGCUGGAGGAUACAGUAAAAGAGCUGGAGGCCCAACAUUGCAAUGGUAUCUUCAUCUGGCGCCUCAAAGGUUUUUCAGUCCACCUGCGGAACCAAGAAGCGGGCCAGCCAGUGGUUGAGCACAGCCCCGGCUUUUACACAGGCCGCCCAGGCUACAAGCUGUGCCUGCGCUUACACCUGCAGACCCCCAAUGCCCCUCGCUGCUCCAACUACAUCUCCCUAUUUGUGCACACCAUGCAAGGAGCUUUUGAUGGGCAGCUUACCUGGCCAUUUCAAGGAACCAUCCGGCUCGCCAUCCUAGACCAGGGCCCUGAGGGUCAGCAUCACAUGGAGGCAAUGGAGACUAAACCAGAUCUACAGGCCUUCCAGAAGCCGACAAUUCAGCGCAAUCCCAAAGGAUUUGGCUAUGUCACCUUCAUGCACCUGUCUCAGCUGAGUCAGAGAGCUUAUGUUAAAGAUGACACUCUGCUCAUCCGCUGCGAGGUGACGCCACGUUUUGACAAUAUCCUUCACCGUGAGGGACCAGCUGUACAGCCAAGAGGACCUGAGGCAUUUGCUUCAAGAGACUAAAGUCGCACUCCUUUGUGUGGGAUCUUCCACAAGCUGACAUUUAUGGUACCUCUACCAGUGUUUUAGUAAUUCAGUAAAGUUCAUUUUUAAUUGAUGGUGAUCAAGUGGAAGAAAAAUUGACAUUAACAACCUUUUAAAAUAGUUAGUAUUUAUUUUUUUUUUCAAGAUCUCAAUGUUUGUUGUAAUAGAUGUACAGCAGAAUUCAUUUAGAUCAUUAUGAGAGAUAUGUACUUUAAAACCACGCUGUUAAGACCAUGUGAACUGUAUCUAAUCAGCUCAGCACCACAGGCUCUCUUGCUAUUGUUGUAGAACACAGCAUGAGGACUUAUUGGUUUUGGGUUGUUUUUUUGUUUGGUUUUUUUUACCUCUAGUGUCAUUUUUCAAUCAUUGUUUAAAGAGCAGAUGACUUUUUUUUGGGGGGGGGGGG